CAUGAUUAUACAAAAUGGGCCUUUAAGUUUGUGUUCACUAAGAUUCUUUGAUACUUUUCGUCCGGGGAAGAAACGGCGGUUUCAGUGGUCGCCGACGGCCGAUGGAGUGCGCUGCGCGGCGAUUUGGGACGCGGUGUGUCGGUCCACCGACGCGGAGGUGUGGCCAGUGUGGCGCUGUGGCGUAUUGCUCCGUCUCUCAUCAGACUUCGCAUUGGAGCUAUCACAAGGAAGAAUGUGAGAGACUAGAAGAGCAAAUGCGUCGUGUUGAUCUGUUGAACGAUUUUCCAUUUACAUUCGCAGAAGAAGCUACGAUCCAGAUUGGUCAAAAGCAAUUGAGCAGGUGCUCGUUCCUCAGCAAAAGGGAACUACAUCUUCUUGGAAUGUGGAUGUAUGAGUGCAAAUGUGGAGCUUCUGCUUAUGAUGAUUGUUUUAAAAACGACGGAUGGAAUCUGCCAAGCUCUUCUUGCCCAUGUCGUGGCUCUUUGUCUCCAUUAACAAGCGAGCUAUGUAGCUGGACGGAUUAUUACGGGUGGAGAAAGAUACCUCUAGAUUCUCCUGUAGCUCUACUUCUCCACUGGCCGCUUACGAUAUAUCACGCAAUUCAAACCAUUGGGAUGGGGAAUCUGACUCCUCAAAUAAGUAACGAACUUCGUAUACAUUAUCUUGGGCCUCAGAGAGAGCUUGGACAACUUGGUGUCUUUGCUGAGCUACAAUCCCUCUUCCCUGGUCUGCGCAUUCGUGUAGAAAUGGUUGGACCCGACGUUCCACAACAUAUGGAUGGAGAGAUGAUCUCUCUUUGCGGAUAUGCCCCUUGCACGGAAGAAGAAUGUGAAUGUAACUAUUCAAGCAAAACUCUCAGGCCCGGUAACGAAUCAGCUGUGUCGUUACAGCUCCAUAGAGGGUUUUACCAUGAUCGUUACAGUGACAUAGCUAAGGAUUCGCCUCCUCCUCACAUAGUAAUUGCUCCAAACGCCGGAAUCGCAGCAUAUCCGAGCUGGUUGCCGACUAUUGAACUGAUAAAAGAGAUCAAAGUCCCAGCGGUAUUUUCUGAUUACUGUGAAGAAGCUUGUAAUCUUGCGGCCUGUUGCAUUAAAAGCAUCACAGGACAACCUCUGUCAUCACCUAUUAGGUUAAAUCCAUUCAGACAGCCAAUGGCGGUGGAGGAGAGUCCUCUGUUUAUCCCUUGCUACUCGAACUGCUUCAUCUUCGCAAUCUGAACUCUCCAAAAAUUAUUGAUCGUCUCAAUGAUUAGGUUAAAUCCAUUCAGACAGCCAAUGGCGGUGGAGGAGAGUCCUCUGUUUAUCCCUUGCUACUCGAACUGCUUCAUCUUCGCAAUCUGAACUCUCCAAAAAUUAUUGAUCGUCUCAAUGGUAAGGUGUUGUGGUAUGGACCAGACCGGUCAUUUUCGCAGGAAAUGAUUGUCAUCUAAAUAAUGAUGAAAGUAGAAAAAUACCACAUCAUUUGAUUUUUUGGUUGUUGUAGUUAUUUAUGUGGAUAAGGACCAGCAUCUGCAUGUACCAUCAUUGUAGCCAUUUAAUUCUUAGGUGAACUUUUUAUUAAUCCCAUAAUGUAAUGUUUCUAGCCAAAAAAAAAAAUGCUAUUAUUUUUCACUAGGUAUUUGCGUCAUUAACAAAUAAUAGAAAAAAAAAGAAAAAGAAAGUUCAAAGAAAAGUAAAAAAAAAAACGGAAUUUUCGUUAUAGGGACAUGACAACCAAAAACUAACAAGAAGCAAGCUAUUCAAGUUUCAAAAUGGAAGUACAACAUGAGUACUGAACUGAACCGGACCUGAUCGUAAAACCGGUUAUAAAGCUUUAUUCAGCGAGCUAU